AUGAUGGAUUUUAGAGAUGUUGCUGCUGAGGAACAAAUCAGAGGUUUUUUGGAGUACUUCGACAGGGUAAAUUACCCGUUGCAACCCCUCACUACCGAAACGAAGUCAUUCUUUGGAAGAUUCUUUGGUGGAAAUGGCUUUAUCAGUUUCUGCGAUUUGCUUUUUGGUUCUUAUUACGAAAAGUACCCAGCGGAAGAUGAAAUGUGCUGGAUGGAUUAUGCAAAUAUCGCGCCGACCAAGAGCUUAGCAGUGACGCUGCUAGGAUUGAUUCAUCCAAGCUCCGCUUUUAUAUCCACAUUGGAGGCACUUUCGAUACCAUCGACAACAUUUGGCGCUCGUCUAAAGAAGAUGUGGAAAAACUCACCUGCAGCACGGUCUACUGCGUACUACUUGCUGGACCUGCCUCUCUUAGCCUUGCACCCACAGUUUUUAAAACUAAUGGGCGAGCCCGCUGACUCGAAUUUGCACACACUGCCUCGCUCUCGUUGUCAUCCCAUCUUGCUUGUACCAUUUUGGGACCCGCCGAUAGUCACGAGAAGAGAGUCUAGCCAGCAGCAAAUAAUGACGUCACUGCCAUGCUUGCCCAUGGGGUACUUUUUGUUCCGUCUUCUGCUGUUCGGAAUGAAGAGAGUGCAACGGAACAGCACUGAUUUCCUUGCGUGGCGAAAAAAUGCGAAUGUCGUUACCUGGCUAUGGGGAGCAAAAGAUCGAUUGAGUUCUGCGUUUUACAAGACAAUCCCAACUGAUAUGCCCUUUUACGCGCAGCUACUGCAAUCAUACAUUCAGAUAUACGUUUCAGCAGCUCUUCCCCGUCAUCUUAGUAGCAAGACGAACAUUGCAGACAUUAGUUGGACGACCAACGAUGCUACGGCGUCAGUUUUGAUUCUGGCGCCGGAGCUACUGGCACAUAGAGAGCUGCUGCAACCCAUUAGCGAAACUGACAGACUUUCGUGCAAAAAUCCCGAAGCUCUCGCGCAGAUUCUUUUUGUGGUGCCGCUCUACACUCGCAUGAUCUACGCAAUGUCGGAAGAAAGCAGUAGUUCCCCGUUUAUGGACUGCGCAGCAAUCACCCCACAUGAUUACGCAGUGAGCUCUUCAUGCAAAGCACAGACUGAUAUCGAGAACAUUCGUAAAACGCUUUACAGGAAUUCUCUGACAGUGCUACGCGAGUGCUUUUUGUCUUUGGAAUUAGAGCCAUACUGCAAAAAUGCUCACUUUACGUAUUGUCUUGAGCUAUGGGCGGUGCUCAUGAACCCCUUUGAGAAGCAACAGAAGGUGACCCCUUCGCAAUACGUGGCACAGCAUUUUGAGUCCUUUGGUUUUCUUAUGGUGGAUGUGUUGAACAUGAUCGUGAAAAGCUCCUUUGUGUAUUCAAUGGCGGAGUCUGGUGCAACUGUACUAAAAAAGUGUUUUCUAUUGAUGAGUCAGGACCCUGUGAUCACUCUUCUUGCAGAAAUCAACGCAUCGGCGCCGUCAUCGCAUGCAGUUGCGGAGACGCUAGCCCGUCAUUUUGUUCUCAAUUGGGUAGGCAGUGAUGGUAACAUACAGCUACCGAAUCUACAUGGUACCACGACUUGCAGCCUUGCUGCUCGAGCAUAUGUCUCUCUGGAAAAAUUAAUCACUGACGACGUGACGGAGGUGAUGCAGAGGGAUUUGAAAGAGACACUGAGUUUGAUGGGGUGCAUCUUUCCGGGAAUAGUACAGUUUUUGGAUAUAUGGCGCUCCUCUGCGAAGGCCACGCUUAAGAACCCAAAGUAUGUGCCGACGCCUACUAUGGCAGUUGUUCGUCCGCUCACCGAGAGUGAAAAGUCGCGUUUUUUUAGAGGUGGCAAAGGACAUCAGAAAGUAUUUGCAAAAGGCCUGGUGCUCCCUAUUCGCAACGGACACAUACCUGGAAAUCGUGACGCAACCUUGCAAACGACUCUGCGCAACGAAAUACCUGCGUUGCUUGGCCUCUCCAGAUUAUUGGAUGCCAUCAUUGUAAGGAGUUUAGAAAAAUACUACUCGAGUACAAUUCCUCAGUGCGACCGUGGGCACAACCUAUGGCUUACUUACUCGAAGAAUUACGCCUGCACGCACCACGCGCGUGAGCCAGCGAUAUGGGAAUGUGCUAUUUGUGAAACUCUCUAUGGCAGCUGCUGUAGAGGGCUUCCUUGUCGGGCGAAUGGCGAGCGGCUAGUCACUUGUAGUGAGACAGGCACUGCGGUGCAGCAAUGCAUUAUCUGUGGUCAAGUUGUUCCGGAAGAUAGCCACAUAUUUUUUAUUCAGAACGGAGCCGGUUCCUUUUUUUGUCCAGAUUGUGCCUCUCGUCCUUUCACCCCUCUGUCGAUGCGCUGGAUUGCAUCCUACCGAACAUGGGCUACGCUGGUUGGCCUUUUUUUACUAUACAUUCUCAUUAGCUUGCUAGUUUGA